AUGACGAGUUUCAUCAGUGAAAACACUCUACUGGCCAUAUUAAAAACCAAACAUCAUUGCGAGUUCAGCUCGAUUCGUGUACUAGAUUGGCACACAGAUGAAAACAUCCUCGAAGCAGGCUCCAACUAUACAACUCGAGUAUCUCGAUUAACUAUUCGCUACCGACUUGAAAUAGGAACCCACGAGGACGACAUUUCACCCCUAGAGGAGCAUUUCUUCGUCAAAGUGCCAGGCAACGCUCCACUCUACGAACUGGCCAAAGGAUGGGGCUGUUAUGUAAACGAGGUCACGAUGUACACCGAAGUACUUCCUCAAAUGCGCAGAAUCGUCGACAACCAGGAUGAAUUUUUCGUGCCCAGACAUUACUACUCCGAUGAUGACCUGUCACUGGUGCUCGAAGACUUAUCACAAUCUGGAUACAAAUGCGCUGAUCGAAUUCAGCAACUCGACAUCGAGCAUUGCUUUUACGCCCUUCGAAGUUUAGCUAAGUUCCACGCAUUAUCCGUCAAAUUGGAAACAACCAUCGGUCUAGCCGAAUGUGUGAAACGGGAACCAAUAUUCCGGCCCGAAGGCGUAUCCGAAGUGAAUAUGGCUUUCAUCAAAUCUCAGGUUCCGGUAUUUAUCGAUAGUCUGCCGCAGAAUCUCAAAGAUCGAUAUCCGAAUAUGGUGACGUAUUUCGAGAACUUCUCGUGUGUGGAAGUUUUGAACGAUAUUACCGAUCGAUUGACCUCCACUAAGUUCAACGUUUUAUGCCACGGUGAUUUUUGGACCAAUAAUAUCAUGUUCAAGUACGACAAAUACGGUACCGUUGAAGAUGUCAAAUUAAUCGAUUUCCAAUACACUAUGUGGUCGAGCCCGGUCAGAGAUUUGAUUCAUUUCACCAUCAAUAGCGUAAAGUUCGAUGUGUACGUGAAAUAUUUCCCUCUUAUGCUGAGAAUCUAUUUGGAUACGUUAAACAGAGUACUCAUUCAGUUGAACUGUCCAAAAAAUUAUCAUAUGGACAGUCUUCUUGAGGAUUUAGAUACCAUGUAUCCGAUCGCCUUAUACGUGCUAGGUUGCGUGCUACCCAUAGGUCAGCCGGAUCCGGACGAUCCUAUCGAUUCUAUGGAACCAAACGGAGAUGUUGAGACUAAGAGUGUAAUGAACAGUACAACCAAGACGGAUAAGCAGAAACAAUUUUUAGACAUCUUGGCCAACUGGUUCGAACAUUUUGCUAAAAAAGGUACGAAUAUGAAGUGA